AUGGGUGCCGGGACGGCGGCUGCGGCGGCGGUGGUGGUGGUGAUAGUGUUUGCGUGUCGGGCCCAGUGGUUAAGAAAGCAGAGGAAGCGCAGCAUCCAGCCAGAGGCCGCCUUCCCCCCCAAACCCCAGCCUCCCCCUGUGGCACGCGCUGCAGAGGCUUCUGUACCAGCUACAUUGGUCGGACAACGUGAGAUCCGCUUCGAAGUCAAUGACGUCUUUGAAACUGCUCAAAGAAGGUAA